GUCUUAUCCAUAUCAAAUUGGAGAUGGCAGAAAUUGGCUCGCAAGCAAACAUCAAGGAAAAGAUCAAUGCGGUGCGAUCAAUUGUUCCCAACAAAAGCAACAAUGAAAUAGUGCUGGUGUUACAGCAGUUUGAUAACAACGUAGACAAAGCUGUACAAGCUUUUGUGGAUGGCAGUGCACUUCAAGUUCUGAAGGAAUGGAAUAUGUCAGGGAAAAAGAAGAAUAGCAAAAGGAAAAGAAGCAACUCUAAGCAGCACUUCCAUAGCAGAGAUAUGAAAGGUAAAGAGGAUGGGAGAGAAAAGUUGCCAUCUCUGGAAUCCCAAGGAUUAUAUGGCUGCCACCCGAAUGGCUGUAAUAAGGAGAUUUCCCCCAGCGAACCUGCCAGUGAAAAAUCAAAAGGAAUUCCUCAAGAAGCAAAGAGCUUUGAAGGCAAGGACAGGGGAGAAGCAAAACCAGAAACUGAAGACCAAAAGGCAGACCAAAAAACCAUACCUAUAGAAGCAGGCCGAAAAUAUGUAAAUAGCACACAGCUGCCUGAUCCUUUCCAGUCCUCCCACCCAUCUCAGUGCAGUGCUGGUAGGACGAAGUCAAAGACAUCCACGGUUAAGCCGUCUGUCCCCACAGCCCAUCUUGAAAUAAAACCAGAGGAUUCAGUCAAGAAAAGAGGUCCGAACAUUGAAAAAUCUGUAAAAGAUCUUCAGCGAUGCACCGUUUCACUGACAAGAUACCGCAUGAUGAUUAAAGAGGAGGUGGAUAAUUCUGUGAAGAAGAUCAAAGCUGCCUUUGCAGAACUACACAGCUGUAUCAUAGACAAAGAAGUCUCUUUAAUGGCAGAAGUUGACAAAGUUAAAGAGGAAGCCAUGGAAAUCUUAACCGCUCGUCAGAAAAAAGCUGAAGAAUUGAAGAGGUUAACAGAUUUGGCUAGCCAAAUGGCAGAGACUCAGUUGGCUGAACUGAGGGCUGAAAUUAAGCACUUUGUAAGCGAACGUAAAUAUGAUGAAGAAUUGGGAAGAUCUGCCCGCUUUUCCUGUGACAUAGAACAGCUGAAGACUGAGAUUCUGCAGUGCGGAGAGCUUUCCCACCCAAAGAACAAUUAUUCCUCAAGAACGCCGUCCGGCCCACUGCUGCAGUCGACAUCUUUGCGCACGGCAACCAACAUACCAAGCGCAUACAUCCAAAAAUCUUCAAAUCGAAUUCGUGCCAAGACUCCUGAUGGGAAAGCAGCAACACCUAAAGUCUCCAGCCAAGUUAGCACAAACACCACAGAAUCCUCUCCUCAGGCGAUUCCAACAAACAAACAGAAUGCAGCUUCUAGCCACAGGCGGAGAUUUCACACGCAGUAUCAUGGAAUUCGGCUCAAUGGACCGCUUAAGUCUCAAAGUGCCGUUAAUGAGUCAGACCAGAACAGCACAAAAGGCAGCUCUCGACAUGAAUACAGAAGACAGCAGCAUAAUAGUUUUCGGUCAAAAAACAAAGGCACUUUUAAAACCCAAGAGCAUUCUGCAGCAGUGAAAAGCAUGGAAACUCUAAUGUAUCCAGAGAAAACAAGACGAAAGCAUCCUAUGCCAGGCCCCACGGAGCCCAGGCCUUUAUGCAGCAAUAUUACAAGGGUUUCUCAGUGCAACUUAAGUCCUGCAAGAAUAGUAACCUCCACAGAGGCCCCUGUCCUUUCGGUGCCAGCUGUGACACUGGUGGCAUGAGGUUGGAAAGACAGGCGACUAGCAAAUGUAAUGCAUUUUCAUAUUUAAGUUUCUCACUAAAGGUGCUUUCUUUUUAUUCCAAAUACUGU